UUCCAUUUCCGUGCAUUUUACCACAAAAUUUCCAACUCAUGCCACUAACUCUUUGUGUCUUUGGGAUUUUAGAACUCCAAAAAACCAAAACCCAAGUGAGAGAAAAAAGGGAGAGAGAAAGAGCCAGUUGGUUUGUGUUUCCCACCAGUUUUACCUUUUUCUGGGACCGUGAAAUCCUUCUGCCUCUCAAGCUCAAGUGGGUCAUUCUUUCAGGUCCUACUCUCCCACUUGCUGGUCUUUGCUGUCUCUGCCUGUGUCACCUGCUCCCUCUUUUUCUUUAUUUUUGCCCCUAAAACUUCUUCCAGUAGUCUUCUCUGUUUUCUAUGCUUUCUUAGUUUUGUGCAUCGAAAGCUAAGAUCCAAUAUUUUCAAUUUGGGUAUUCUAUAUUCUGAUUAUUCUGCUUCUUGAAGGUAAAUAAGAAUAAAAAGGUUUUGAUAUUGGUGGAGCUUUCUGUUGAGUUUAUGAUUCUAUUUGUUUUGGGUUUCUUUUUUUCUUUAAUGUAUAUAUAUAUUUUUCCUGAAAGAGUGGGUCUUUAUUGUUCUCUGUAAAAAAGGAAGGUGGUAUCUAUCUAUUGAAGCAUCUGGGACUUUUUAAAAUCAGGAAAGCUUUACUGGGUACUGCUUGGAAAUACUUUGUUUGGAAAUUUUGGAUGUGAUGUGUUGGUUUGGGGUCCCUUAUGUGUAAGAGGUGUUGGGCAUAAUGAGCUUUCUUGAAUUAGUUUAGACUUUUGUAAUUUUUAUUUUUGUGGUGAUUUAGUUAUUGGGAUUUCAUGCUUGGUCCAAGACAAUGGAGAUGUUUAUGGCCGGAUUUUUAUUUCUUUAGCAUUCAAUACCAUAGCUUAGGGAAGUAAUAUGAAGAACAUUCUUAAGAAGCUCCAUAUCAUGUCUAAUCAGUCAGAAGAUGCAGAAGGGUCUACUUCAUCAAGAGGCCAUAAAUCCAUUGAUGGGUCAUCCCCUGAUAGCCUUUUGAACUCAAGGUCCCAUCAUAAUUCUGAGCAUAAACCCUUAUCAGGGCUUUCUGGCUGGUUGAAUUCAGUUGCUAAUAGACAUAGCACUACUAUGUCAUCGUCUUCGAAUGUAACAAGAGGAGAAAGAAUUGGAACACCUGAUGAAGCUAGUAGUACUGGUCUAGAUGUUGCUUCGGAUGCAAUGAGGCGCGAUUCGGGGUCUAGUACCUCAAGAGAUCCUGAUGUAGAGGAGGAAUAUCAGAUACAACUGGCUUUGGAAAUGAGUGCUAGGGAGGAUCCUGAGGCAGUUCAGAUUGAAGCCGUUAAGCAGAUUAGUUUAGGUUCUUGUGCUUCUGAUAAUACUCCAGCUGAAGUUGUUGCCUACAGAUAUUGGAAUUACAAUGCUCUUAGCUAUGAUGACAAGAUCUUGGAUGGCUUCUAUGACCUGUACGGAAUCUUGAUGGACUCCAACUCAGAAAGAAUGCCUUCCCUUGUUGAUUUGCAAGGAACAUCUGUAUCAGAGGGUGUCACCUGGGAAGCAGUUUUAGUCAAUAAGGCUGCUGAUUCGAAUUUAUUGAAAUUAGAACAGAUGGCUCUGGAGAUGGCUGUAAGGUCAAGGUCUGAUUCUCUGGUUUUUGUAAAUAGCAAUUUGGUGCGAAAACUUGCUGUUUUAGUUGCUGAUUAUAUGGGUGGGCCAGUUGGGGAUCCUGACAACAUGUUGAGAGCAUGGCGAAAUCUAUCUUACAAUUUGAAAGGAACCCUUGGUAGCAUGGUUUUGCCGCUUGGUUCUCUAACAAUUGGAUUGGCUCGACAUCGUGCAUUGUUGUUCAAGGUUUUGGCUGAUAGUGUGAGCAUCCCAUGCCGGCUGGUAAAAGGACAGCAAUAUACAGGUUCCAGCGAUGUAGCAAUGAACUUUGUGAAGAUUGAUGAUGGAAGGGAGUACAUUAUUGAUCUAAUGGCAGCACCUGGCACACUUAUUCCAUCUGAUGCAGCUGGAUCACAUAUUGACUAUGAUGAAUCUUUCUUUUCUGCUAGUCCACUGUCUAGAGACAUUGAUUCCUCUCAUGCAGCCUCUUCCAGCAGUGGGAUUGGGAGUUCCUUUGAAGAACAUUCAGAUUUUGGGACAUUCGAAAAGAGAUCCAGAUUAAGAAAUCCUGUCUCAGCAGGAAGGGAAUCUGAUGACAGGGAUGAAUUAACUGCUCAUGAAAAUGCGGCCAGACCAUCUGAAGCUGCAGAGGAAUCCAAGAUAUGCUCAGAUGAUUUUAGAAAACCAUCUCCUGUAGAGAAGGUUCCCCUGCGAGAAUUUCCAGGGAGGCCCAAUUAUCCUUAUGUGCAUGCAAGAUCUCCUUCUUGGACUGAAGGUAUGAGCUCCCCUGCAGUUCGGAAAAAGAAAGUGAAGGAUGUUUCACAAUACAUGAUAGAUGCCGCCAAAGAGAAUCCACAAUUAGCUCAGAAACUCCAUGAUGUGUUACUUGAAAGUGGUGUUGUUGCUCCACCGAACUUGUUUACUGAAGUUUAUUCAGAGCACGUAGAUGCAUCAACAGUUGAGGAAAAGUCCCAAAGAGAUGAUAAAGAUGAAUAUACAGAAGGGGUUGGAACCCCAGAAAUAAAACGUCAAGGUGAUAUUGGUCCAGCUCGAUUUCUACCUCCUUUCCCUCAACACAAGGUGCAUUCUAAAGUUGGUGCUCUUGGUCAGCAAGAACAUCUAAAGCCGGUGGAAGGUUUAGGGGUCAACUUUCCACUUGAUAACCGUGAAAUAGCAGGCUUAUCCCAUUCCGAAGUAGCUCCAGCGAGAUAUGGGAACAAUGUUCCUGUUGCUGCUGCUGCAGCAGCAGCAGCAGCUGUUGUUGCAUCUUCGAUGGUUGUUGCUGCAGCAAAGUCAAGCGGUGACUCCAAUCUUGAACUUCCAGUAGCAGCUGCUGCCACUGCUACUGCUGCAGCUGUUGUUGCAACAACUGCAGCCGUCAGUAAGCAGCACGAGCAGGGUGCACGAAGUGAUGGAGAUACAGAUGGUGCUAGUUGUGAGCCACACGGUAGUGGUGACCGCGAUCAUGAUGCUCUUGGAUCAGUUUUGGAAGCUGAAAGAAUAUCUGACAGAUCAACAGGUAGCACAAAAUCUGAUGUUGCAAUUGAUGAUGUUGCAGAUUGUGAGAUUCCUUGGGAGGAUAUCACCUUGGGUGAGCGUAUCGGACUUGGAUCUUAUGGGGAGGUCUAUCGUGGAGACUGGCAUGGGACAGAAGUUGCUGUAAAGAGGUUUCUGGACCAAGACAUUUCGGGCGAAUCACUUGAAGAAUUCAGAAGUGAGGUUUGGAUUAUGAAAAGAGUGAGGCAUCCCAAUGUCGUUCUGUUUAUGGGAGCUGUAACUCGUGCUCCUAAUCUUUCAAUUGUUACAGAAUUUCUUCCCAGAGGUAGUUUAUAUAGGUUACUUCAUCGGCCCAACAAUCAAUUAGAUGAGAGAAGGCGUUUGAGAAUGGCUCUUGAUGCUGCUCGGGGAAUGAAUUAUUUGCACAAUUGCACACCAGUAAUUGUACACCGUGAUUUGAAGUCCCCAAAUCUUCUUGUUGAUAGAAAUUGGGUAGUAAAGGUUUGUGAUUUUGGACUAUCUCGAAUGAAGCACAGUACAUUUCUCUCUUCAAGGUCCACAGCAGGGACGGCUGAAUGGAUGGCUCCAGAAGUGCUAAGGAAUGAGCCUUCGGAUGAGAAGUGUGAUGUUUAUAGCUUUGGGGUCAUAUUAUGGGAACUCUCAACAAUGCAACAACCUUGGGGGGGAAUGAACCCAAUGCAAGUUGUAGGUGCGGUUGGAUUUCAACAUCGCCGGCUUGACAUUCCAGAUGAUAUGGAUCCAAAAGUUGCAGAUAUCAUUAGGAAAUGUUGGGAGACAAAUCCAAAAUUGAGACCCACAUUUUCGGAGAUCAUGGCUGCUCUUAAACCAUUGCAGAAGCCUAUAAAUAGUCCUCAAGUGCCCAGACCUACUGCUUCAAUAGGCGGUGGACGUGAGAGAGUUCAGCCACCGCGUGUUGCAGAAGAGCCAACCAACUAAAUACACAGCAAUUUGACAGAUCUGACAGAAUAUUGGUUCAUUCCACAGCCAAAAAAAUAUGGAAUCCAAGUUGUAGAUUGUUUCAAAGAAAUAUGAGAAAGAUUUAUUGAAGAUCAUGACCUAACAUAUACUCAAAUUUGGGAUUGUGAUUCUUUUUCUUCAUUUUUUUUUCUUUUUUUUAUAUUAAUUCUUAGCAGGUGGCAGCCACUCUAAAGGUUGUGAUUUGUUUGUAAAAAAAAUCAUUUCAAAAUGUUGUAAUCAAUGUUUGAAUUUUGCUGUUCA